UUUAACUCUGGGGUGACUCCGAAGCAGGUCCACCGGGAAGGGAAGACGUGCUCGAGCCGCUCUCAGGGACGCGCCGCUUUCCUCCUGUUUGUCCGACGCCCCGGCGGGGUUGUUCUGUUCUUCCUGGUCUUGCCGACAAAUUUCCAAAACUCAGAGAAGCCAAGAACAGUUGGCAGAUUGACACCACCAGACUCCUGAACAGCAACUAGUACUAUUACCAUGGAUGUGUUGGUGAACAGGUAUCGAGACUUCAUUAAGGGAGCAGACCCCCGGAUUGCUUCAUAUCCACUUAUGGAUUCUCCUUGGCCUAUGGCGGGUAUCUUAUUGGGUUAUUCCUACUUUGUAUUAUCACUGGGGCCACGCCUCAUGGCCAACAGGAAACCUCUGAACCUUAAGAAGUUCAUGAUACUUUAUAAUUCUUUUUUGGUGGCACUGUCACUUUACAUUGUUUAUGAGUUUUUAAUGUCAGGCUGGCUAAAUGGUUAUACAUGGAGGUGUGACCCUAUUGAUACAUCCCAGGAUCCCAGGGCUCUUAGGAUGGUCCGUGCGGCAUGGAUCUUCAUUUUCUCUAAAGUCAUUGAGCUGAUGGAUACAGUGAUCUUUAUCCUAAGAAAAAAGAAUGAACAAGUGACCUUUCUGCAUGUUUUCCACCAUUCAGUGGUACCCUGGAGCUGGUGGUGGGGUGUGAAAUUUGGUCCAGGAGGAAUGGGCUCCUUCCAUGCUAUGGUGAACUGUAUGGUACAUGUUGUGAUGUACUUUUAUUAUGCGCUCUCAGCUGCAGGACCUGCUUUCCAAAAGUACCUGUGGUGGAAGAAGCACAUCACUGCCAUUCAGCUGCUGCAGUUUGUGCUCGUCUCCAUCCACAUCUCCCAGUACUACUUCAUGCCUGACUGCAAAUAUCAGUUCCCAAUCUUCAUCCACCUCAUCUGGAUUUAUGGAGUUAUCUUCUUCAUUCUCUUCUCCAACUUCUGGUACCAGUCAUAUACCAAAGGCAAGCGUCUGCCCAAGCUCAUGACACAACCUCAGAAAAAUGGCUUCCAUGAGAAUGGUGCCAUUGCUAAUGGCAAAGUCAAAGCCAACUAGGGGUGGGAUCAAGGUGAUUCAAACCAACUAGACCCCAUAUCUGGGCUUGUUAACCAGAUCAAGUGCCUACAGACUAUCUUGCAGUUCCAAACCACCUUCCCAACUGCCCUGUUUCCCUUGUUGCCUCGCUUUCACCUUUCCCCAAGGGAGACAGGCUGCCUGGGCUGUCGGUGCUGAAUCUAGUCCAAGGCCUCCAAAGUGCCUAUGUCUGCCCUGGGCUGGGCUCCGUUCAGAGCUGGACCAAAGCAGAACCCUUGACAGAUGGGACACAAUUAUCCACUUAAUUCAAUGUACGCAAUGUGAUCUAGGUGGGGAUUUUUGUUACUUUGCUUUUUCUAAGUUUGUGUUGUCAUUUAUUAAUUCUCUUUAUUAUUUACCAUUGGUGUCCUGCCAUCCCUACUCCUUUCCUACUUGAAUGUAAGUGGUCCCUUUUUGCUGGGGGUGGGAAAUAACUCCUCCUGGAGAUAACUUUUCCUGCUCUGUGUGCAAAUGGGGUACUACUAGGCAAGUCUUACUGCCUUGGCUGUAUUCCUCUCUUGGCAUUGCUCCGCAGCUUUGGUUGCUUUGAUCCCAGGACCUUAGCAAUAACUCUGGACUUCAAUCUCCAUAUGGCUUGAUGACUGCAAGCUCUUAUUGCACUGAGGUCCAGGGAGAAGAAAUAGGACCCUGUUGUCCAGCUUGUAUGCCAUUGCUCUGUGUGCCUUUUAAAACAUUGGAUCUGCUCCAAAUAAUAGAGGCUCCCUAUAAUCUAAAUUUUGGGGAGGACUUCUCAGGAGGAGAUAUCUCUCUCCUGAAGUUUCCAUUUGUAUUCACAGAAAUAAAUGGAUAGAAAGAGAAUAGUCAUUCUGUUCUUGAUUUCAAGGCCUUGAUCAUUGUUGGUUGGGCCUGAUGGGAGAAAAGAACGACUUUACUGUAAGUACUAUGUUAAUAUUGAUUUUCAGUUCCAAUGACUACUGCUUCUUGCAGUGAAUUGGCAUCUUAGUUGAAGUUGGUUUACUAGAUGAGAGGAGCUGAAAAACUGAGAUCAAAGUCCUGUGAAGCAUUGUAAUAAAGUGGUGGCUAUGUUCUGGCUCAUCCAUAGUG